CACCGUUAGAGACACCAAGUACUGCUUCCAGCUCUCACCUCUUUGCCUCUUAUACUCAACUUUAUAAAUGUCGUCGCUUACGCCGCUCAAGGCAUCUAUCAUCAGCCUCAAGCCACAUAGAAAUGAGGCUGCACUCCGGAUUCGCAACAGUUCUGCCGCCCUCAUCGCUCUACUCUUCCUUACGCAUCUUACUCCAGCACCGUCGCUAUGGACAGCUAUAGAUGUCGUUUUUAAUGAUUUAGGAGAAGGAAAAUCCGCAUUCUGGAUAAUGUGCGCUGCUGAGUUGGCCAUGCUAGGUCUCUUCACCCUGAACGUCCUUCAGGCAGCUAUAGCGCUCAUGUAUCCGCCCAAACCACUCCCGCUCACGCCGUCACCUUCGAAGAGCAUCAAGACACCACAAUCACAACUACAAAAACGUCGUCACGUGUUGUCACCUCAUACGAGCCCACAACCGCAGCGCACUUUCUCUCCAUACGUUUCCUCUCCUGUGUCAACGCCUUCUCGCACCCUCCAAUACUCCAUUCCCGGACCCACGCCUCCGCCUUUUUCCUCACUGAACUCCUCGACCGGUAUGCCACAAACACCGUCCCCUUUAUCUGCAUACCGAGGCAAGCAUUCAGCGAGCAUAGGACAUGCGUUCAAUGGCUCGAUCCUCAGUAGACUCACAAAGGACGAUGAAGAAGAUGAGGAGUAAAUGUAGAUUUGUAAUGCGGUAUUUUUGUUUUAGAUUAUGUCCAUUGCUAGGUGUUUCUGCGUUCUUCCAGAGUGCAAUUGAUAGAGUCACUUGCAAAUGUGGGAAUAUUUGCAGCGUGCAGAUUGCGUGCAUCCUUCCGAUGGCCACGCGCAUCGCGCAUGCCCGC